AUGCCAACAGCCUGUGUUCCUCUAUCUCACUGCAAUGCUAAAAGACCCGGAUGGUUGGAUGGACAUCACCCUAAUGUGACGCAAGGUGUAGUAAACAUGAGGGUUUGCUUUACUUCUGAGAACGACUGCUGUGGUGAUCAGAAAUUUAUAUCGGUCAAGAAUUGUGGCGACUUUUUUGCAUAUGGACUGGUAAAACCAAGGAGUUGUGGACGAUAUUGCGGAGAAUAAACAUUCGCUGUGCUUUAGCAGCAAAAGAAAGAAAACGAGACGGGGGGAAGGGUGGCAAAAAUGUACUGUGA